UCUCCUCCUCUUCCUCUGCAGGCGUCCUUCCUCACAAAGAAGCUCAACAUCACAGGAAAGAGAGUGAACUUGGCCAUUUGGGACACAGCAGGUCAGGAGCGUUUUCAUGCGUUAGGUCCCAUCUACUACAGAGACUCCAAUGGAGCCAUUCUAGUGUACGACAUUACAGACGAAGACUCCUUUCAGAAGGUGAAGAACUGGGUGAAAGAGUUGAGGAAAAUGUUGGGGAACGAGAUUUGUUUAUGUAUAGUAGGUAAUAAAAUUGAUUUGGACAAAGACAGACAUGUUUCAGUGGAAGAGGCUGAGAGUUAUGCAGAGUCGGUGGGAGCCAAACACUACCACACAUCAGCCAAGUUAAAUAAAGGCAUCGAGGAGCUCUUCCUGGAUCUCUGUAAAA